ACUCUACGGAUAGAAAAGGGUGUCAAAAAGCCACAGCUGCAGAUGCCAAAGACUCCUACUGCUAAUGGUAUCAUUCAGAGAGACGAAACGCCCAUGGAGAAGGAAAUUGCACGUCUGCGUCGAGCCGACUUCGAGUUCUCUGACAUCUUCUACUUCUGCAGAAAAGGCUUCGAGGCCAUUGUGGAAGAUGAAGUCACCCAAAGGUUUUCUUCAGAGGAGCUGCUCUCCUGGAAUCUGCUCACAAGGACUAAUGUCAACUUCCAUUACAUCAGCCUGAGGCUGACUGUGGUGUGGGUUAUCGGGGUCAUAGUGCGGUACUGCCUACUGCUACCCUUACGCUUUACCCUCGCUGCUAUUGGGAUUGUGUCAAUGAUUGUGGGAGCAACAGUGGUAGGACAGCUGCCAAACAGCAGGGUGAAAAACUACCUGAGUGAAGUGGUUCACCUCACAUGCUCUCGCAUCCUUGUCAGAGCUCUGUCUGGUACUAUCUAUUACCACAACAAGGAAAACAGACCUCAGAAAGGAGGAAUUUGUGUUGCCAACCACACAUCACCAAUAGACGCAAUCAUUCUCACAAAUGAUGGAUGCUAUGCCAUGGUUGGGCAGGUUCACGGUGGGCUGAUGGGAGUCAUUCAGCGAGCCACGGUCAAGGCUUGUCCUCACGUCUGGUUCGAGCGCUCCGAGAUCAAGGAUCGCCAUCUAGUGACCAAGAGGCUCAGGGAACAUGUGGCAGAUAAGAGCAAACUGCCUAUCUUGAUCUUUCCAGAAGGCACCUGCAUAAACAACACAUCUGUGAUGAUGUUCAAGAAGGGGAGCUUUGAGAUAGGAGGGACAAUCUAUCCUGUUGCAAUCAAGUAUGAUCCUCAGUUUGGAGAUGCCUUCUGGAACAGCAGCAAAUACAACAUCGUGAGCUAUCUGCUGCGCAUCAUGACCAGCUGGGCUAUCGUCUGCAACGUUUGGUACAUGCCUCCAAUGGUUAGGAAGGAAGGUGAAGAUGCUGUUCAGUUUGCCAACAGAGUGAGAUCAGCCAUUGCUCGCCAAGGAGGACUGACUGAACUUCCCUGGGAUGGAGGUCUGAAACGAGCCAAAGUCAAAGAUACCUUCAAAGAAGAGCAGCAGAAAAACUACAGCAAGAUGCUAGUGAGAAAUGGAUCCAUAGGAAGCCUUUCUGCAGGAGCGGAGUCAGACUGAAUGGUGGUUCUUGAAAACAAACUUUGCACACCCAGCCUUAGCAGGAAGGAUGUUUUUUAAUUAAAAC